CCAAGUAGCUAUCCAGGGUCAACAUGGCCCAAGGGCCCGAGGAAGAAGAGAGACUUGUCGAGACUCUUCUUCUCGAUUCCUCGGAAUCGAUCGCCUCAAGCUGCACCGAAAUCCACCUCACGCCAUGUAUAAAUUGCUCGCGAACCCGCUCAGCAUUGAUCUCAGGAAAGCCAAGCUAUAAUACGGCCGAGCAAAUUAAGCAAAACGCAUUCGAUUGAUCCAACAGUUCAAGUAAUCAAGGCACAGAACAAGUACACAGACAAUUCAUGGCUCCAUUGGCCAAGCACAAGCAGGCUCUGUUUACGGCGGCUGUUCUUCUUCUUCUCGCAAUGGCCCCUGCUCCCGCCGCCGCGCUGGUCCCCUACGGCGGCGCCACCGGGCUAUGGGACCUGAUGCUCGACGCCGACCCCUUCCGGGUGCUGGAGCACUCGACGCCGCAGCUGGCGGCGCCCAGAUCUCCGCCGUCUCUGGCGCUGGCGAGGUGCGACUGGAAGGAGACCCCCGAGGCGCACGUGAUCUCGGUGGACGUGCCCGGGGUGAGGCGGGGCGACAUGAAGGUGGAGGUGGAGGAGAACCGGGUGCUGCGGAUCUCCGGCGAGCGGAGGCCGGAGCCGGAGGAGAAGCGGGAGGAGGGCGGGGAGCGGUGGCACCGCGCCGAGCGCGCCGCGGGGCGGUUCUGGCGCCGGUUCCGCUUGCCGGCGGGCGCCGACAUGGACAGCGUCGCCGCGCGGCUCGAGGACGGCGUGCUCACGGUUACCGUGCCGAAGGUUGCCGGGCACCGGGGGAAGGAGCCGCGCGUGAUUAGUAUCGCCGGGGAGGAGGGGGAUGCCGCCGUGGGUGGGAAGGCCUCGGAGGUCGAGGCGACCAAGGCAGAGGUGUGACAUCGUUUGCGAAGGGGACGCCUUGCAAGUGUUGUUCAAGCUAGUUUUCUUUUUUCUUUUUUCCGUUGGAGGCGUACGCUUUUGUUACUACGUUCUAUGCAUUGCGUAGCGACGUGUAUUUGAGGCGACCGUUGUCAAACGCCGAUAAAAGAACUUGAUCUGUGUGUGUAAUUCGUGUCACGGAGAGUGGAUUAUACAAUGUGUUGCCAUGUCAGUCGA